UGGACUGUUCGAAGUUCGGACUUCCAUCCGGCAACCUCUGUCCAACUCAAAGUGAAGGACUUACAGAAAGAGCUCAGCAAGCGUCGUUUAUCUAGUCUUGGCAGGAAGGCAGAACUCGUAGCAAGGCUCACAGAGUUCUUCGCCUAA